GAUCACCAAAAUCCAUGCUACAGUGAAUAAGGAGAAUGUUAAUGAAUUUGACCCAUUCUUCUCACAAAGUGGUUCGAGUAUACUCAUCGACUUCACUGUGAAUCACUCAUUGGGAUCUCAGCAAACAACUAGCCACCCUUUACAAGAUUACUUUCUUUUCAACCACCUUUAUGAUCGUCGUCCGAUUAGGUUAUGGGGUUCGUUUGCAAUGAUAGUCAAUGACAUUAUUUA